AUAUUUAUCCGCUGUCAAUAGAUAAGUCAAUGUGCUUAAGACUUUGGACACAUUUUUUCGUUUUUUCCGGAAAAAGUUUUCUAAAUUGUAAAAAUUCUAGUAUUUUCUUUAGCGAAUAGCAAUGACGUUUGAACAGACAAUACAACACACAAUCGACGGAAAUGUCUGUCGACUACAGAUUGUGCCAGUGGGGAAUAGGCGCACCAAAGCCGGUGAUGGUGACCGCAAACAAACUAGCACGCCAAAUCGACGCAAUUGUGAUAUAUUUGUGGAGGAUCACAAUUUCUACAUAUUCGCAGAUACACGACUCUACCGAUUCCAUUUGCCGGAGCGCCAAUUCGACACCAAAGACAUGAAAAAUUUUGUUAUCAAUUUUAAUACCCAAACUAAUAAUUACGAAGUAGAUUUACCCUGCUUGCCUCGUACAACUGAGGAUCAAAAAACGCCACCAGAAAAGAGUGAUGCGGAGAAAACGUGUGCGGAUGGCGCAACGCCACCAAAUAUUGAAUUGUGGAAACUGAAACGCAUUACCGACAACUGCUUCCUGCGCGUGGAUAAAAGUGGUGAACUGUUGAAAUUCGUAGCAGAUUUUGGUUAUGGUUUUGCAGGGAGGUUUAAGGGAGAUCUUACCGGAUUUGACGAUAGAUCUGCUAUUGCACAAAUGCCGGAACCGCGUACAGUUAGUCCGCUACAACGUAGUAUUGACCGUGAAAUAGACGAGCUUAAAAACUUCUCACGUGAUCAGUAUAAAUUGAAUUUCGUUGAGCUGCAAGUGCCCGAAGGUCAUGAAAAUCCUAUGAAAUACAACAAUAAUUAUGAAGAUGCUAAGCUAACACGCGAUGAAGAAUGCCUGCUACACAAUUUGACACGCAAGUCGCAAGAAUCAGCGCUGUUUGCCGACUGCGAACAGUCAGAUGUGGAUUGCGGCCUGAUUUGCAUACUGUUGGCAAUUUGCUAUGAUAUACGGACCACAUCGAAUGAGCCGACUUGCGAAAGCGCCUGGACGCGCAGCAUUCUCUCCGCCACGCUUAGUUACUUUGAACCGUUCGAAAACAUUAAAGAUGUUGUUGUUAGUUUUUUACGCCGCUCACUUAUUUAUCCACUGUAUCGCAACUACGACUUGGGACGCUUGUGUCUGCAAGAUGCCAUUGAUGGUUUGAAAAAAAAUCCUGCAUGGGUAUUGAAACAGCUGUUGCAAACGCAUGCGUUAUUCGCCAGCAGCGAUUGUAACCAACAGAUUUUUAAUCAGUACUACAUUGAAGAUUAUAUACGUUAUGUAGCCGAUAGUAAUCGUUGUGGUCCCACACAUUUGCGGCUCUUAGCGCGUAAUCUGAAAAAUGUGCUGCUUGAUGUAUCGAAAAAGCAUUUACGUUUGGAAUUGGGAGAAAUCGAGACUGAGUUGUUGAAGGAAUUGAUCACAGAUAUGCAUUUGGGUAACACCUCAACUAGUGAGGACGAAGUCGACGAUUAUACAGAUGAAGAUAUUGACGAUGAAGAUGCUGACGACACCAAUGAAGAGAGCGGCACAGAAAGCGGUGAAGAUGCUACAGACUCGUCAUCGACCGCGGCGUCUUCCUCAUCCAGUAGUGAUACCGAGCAGAAUAGUGUUAUCGAACAGUGCAAAGAUGUUGUGAAUGUGGCAAAAACUUAAAAUUUUGAACUCCACUAAUUACUUACUACUAGUAUGUGUGCUUUUAAUUUUUUUGUUAUACAUACACAUGUGAAAAGCAAGAAGUCAGUGUAAGUGUAGGUUAUGAAAAUAAUGUAAUAUUUAUUAAAUGUAUGUUUUUAAUAACCGAUAAGUGAUGCUUGCAAAUCAAUUGACAUUUCCAUAAUGCAUUUUAAUAAAUAUUUACUUGCAUUUCAAAAGUA